GAGUACACACAGAUAGAAGUUUAAUGCCUGACCGAGCACGGAAAGAAUAUCUGCUACAGGCAACAAGAGCUGAAAGUUACAAAAGAGAGAGAGAGAGAGGAAAAAGCAGGAAGAGCUGGAGGAAGAGUUGGCUGAAAGCAGCUUGUGUCUCCCGUCCCUCCCCCCUGACUGUCCUCCCCUCCUCUGCUGUGAGAGGAAAAAGGAGAGCAGAGCGAGAAAGAAGCUCAGCCACGCUCACUUCCUUCAGGACUCAGGAAUUCCAGGACAUUUGGAGUUCCGUGCACAAUCGCUUCCAAUCUCACUGUGAUAGAAAUCAGAGAGAGAAAAAUGAACUAAUGUCCCGUUCCAAUCCUGUGGACUAUUUGACCCUGAUGGCACCUGCUGAGGAGGACCCGGCUCUCAGGACCCAGGACUGAUGACAAAGGUGUCUGUGCACGUGCGAUCUGUGUGCCAGUUUGGAUUUGAGACUUGAACUCUGUCGCCCUUCAGCAGUGGAGCAGCCGAUAGGCCAGCAGAACCUUCCAGAACCAAUGGCAGCAUCAUAAAGAUCACACUGAAUGUGGAGAAUGUGAGAAGAUAAAACUGGAAGAAACAUUUAGUGGAAAACACUGAAGCUCCGCGAACAACAACAACAACAACAACAGUUUGGAAUUCAAAUGCAGCACCAAACCGUUAUAAAGCAAAAUCAAACUGUCCCCGAGGCAGGUGGAUGGUUCUGACUGUGUGAUACAAGCAGGACCGGAGAACAUCUGGCUCUGAAUCAGAGCGGGUUUAUGAGCAGAUCCUGCAGAAAGUCCAUCACGGUUAAGUGACGACACUUGACUGAAUUCCAGCUUUGACAUUGUCACGAUGAUGACCGUGAUGAUGAUGAUGGCGGUCAUGGUGGUCACCUGCAGCUCUCUGUUUCUGCUGGGGAUGGCCGCCACUCACGCUUCCUCUGGCACUGUGACUCGAUCCCCCUCCCCCUCCCCCUCCUCCUCUUCACCACGCAUGAAGCUCUCAUACAAAGAGCUGCAGCAGUUCCUCGGAGUGCGGCGGUUCGAUCUGGAGCGUUCCUGCUGCUUCAGCGCUCUACUCUUAGAUGAAGAAAGAGGGCGCCUUUUCGUCGGGGCCAAAAACUUCCUGCUCUCGCUGUCGCUGGACAAUAUUGCCAAGCAGGAGCACAAGAUCUACUGGCCGGCCCUGGUGGACUGGAGGGAGGAGUGUAACUGGGCCGGCAAGGACAUCACCUCUGACUGUGUGAACUACGUAAAGAUCGUGCACCACUAUAACCGCACCCACCUGUAUGCCUGCGGGACCGGAGCCUUCCACCCGACCUGUGCCUUUGUGGAGGUGGGACACAGGAUGGAGGACCAUGUGUUCAGGAUUGAUCCGUCUCAGGUGGAAGAUGGGAAAGGGAAGAGUCCGUAUGAUCCUCGUCACACGGCUGCUUCCGUACUUGUUGGUGAUGAGCUGUACGCAGGCGUGGCCACCGACUUGAUGGGGCGGGACUUUACCAUCUUCAGAAGCCUGGGGAAACGCCCCUCCAUCCGCACCGAACAACAUGACUCACGUUGGCUCAACGAACCAAAGUUUGUUGGUUCUUUCUGGGUCCCAGAGAGUGAAAAUCCUGAUGACGACAAGGUCUUCUUCUUCUUCCGGGAGACAGGUGUGGAGGCUCAGGGUCUAGGAAAGUCCACAUACUCACGCAUCGGCCAGCUUUGCAGGAAUGACAUGGGUGGUCAGCGCAGUCUGGUGAACAAGUGGACCACGUUCCUCAAGACCCGCCUGAUCUGUUCCGUGCCCGGAGCGGACGGAGGCGACACGUAUUUUGACGAGCUGCGCGAUGUCUUCCUGCUCCAAACGAGGGACAGAAAGAACCCUCUUGUCUACACAGUCUUCUCUACGUCCAGUAGUGUGUUUAAAGGCUCAGCCGUGUGUCUCUACACCAUGAAUGACAUCCGGAGGGCCUUCCUGGGGCCCUUCGCUCACAAAGAGGGGCCCAAUUAUCAGUGGGUGCCCUUCCAGGGAAAAGUGCCGUACCCGCGACCAGGCAUGUGUCCCAGCAAGACGUUCGGGAGUUUUGAGUCCACAAAAGGUUUCCCAGAUGAUGUGAUCCAGUUUGCACGGCACCACCCUCUGAUGUUUAACCCAGUGUACCCUGUCAACCGGCGGCCCAUCUUCCUCAGAACCAACGUGGAGUACAGUUUCACUCAGAUCGCUGUGGACAGAGUCGGUGCCGCCGACGGACAGUAUGAUGUCAUGUUUAUCGGCACAGACAAAGGGACGGUGCUGAAGGUCAUCAGUGUUCCAAAACAGAGCUGGAACAACAUGGAGGAACUCCUGCUGGAGGAGCUGGAGGUCUUCAAGGAUGCCUCAUCAAUCAUCAACAUGCAGAUCUCUUCUAAACGCCAACAACUGUACGUGGGUUCGGACACAGGUAUCGCUCAGGUUCCUCUCCAUCGCUGCAGCGUCUAUGGGAAGGCCUGCGCCGAGUGCUGCCUGGCCAGAGACCCGUACUGCGCCUGGGACGGGACGUCCUGCACUCGCUACCUGCCGAACACCAAGAGACGUUUCCGCCGGCAGGACGUGAGGAACGGCGACCCCAACACCCUCUGCUCUGGAGACCAUCAUAAGCACCGUGUAGCGGAGAGGAAGCUGUUUGGCGUGGAGGGAAGCAGCACUUUCUUGGAGUGUAUCCCCAAAUCACUGCAGGCCAAAGUCAUUUGGACCUUCCAGAAACAUCUGCAGAGUCCUCGGGAAGAGGUGCGUCUCGAUGACCGUAUCCUCCAGACAGACAAAGGCCUUCUGAUUCGUCGCGUCCUGAAGAGAGACAUCGGCAUCUACCAGUGCCAUGCCAUGGAGCAUGGUUACACGCAAACAUUACUCGGAAUCACAUUGGAAGUGAUACCCUCAACAUCCUCCUCUAUCUCCAACGUACACUCCGAUGCUCCUGUCCAAAUAGACCCCCGCGGUGGAGGUGGGCCUCCAGUGACCAAUCAGAAAUUGUGGUACCGAGACUUCAUGCAGCUGGUGGAUCACCCAAACCUGAACACCAUUGACCAAAUAUGCGAGCAAGUUUGGGCGCGCAAGAGUGUUGGCGGCGAGCAAGUUGAGAAGAGCUUUGCAUCUCCAGGGAAGGAUGGUCCACCUAUGGGCCCAGUGGUCCGCCCCACUAGCAAGAAGUGGAAGCAUCUUCAGGAGAUCAGAAAGGGGAGAAACCGCCGGACCAAUGACGGGAAACUGAACCCCCGGGUGCCACGCAGUGCAGGAGAGUAACAAAGCAGAGCAAAAGAGGGAGGAAGGAAUGACUGAUAAACAGCCCAAGGACUUCUGGAGGUGUUCAUGUACACACACACAGACAUACACGCACACACAUGCACAGAGCGCCUCCUCUGUUGUGUAUAUUUAUCGAUGGAUACCCCCACUAAACGAGUAUGGUACCCCGAUCCCACAGUCCCAGUCCCGCUAGCCCGCCCCUGCAUGUGCUGCCUUACUGCCCACUUUGAUUCUGCACGAGCCCUUUACACUGUUAGCGUAGUCGAGUGCGCAUGCAAGCUAGCUGUACACUCACUUGUCACUCCCUUUAACACUGACUUUAAACAGAGGACCACAUCAUUUUGGGCUUUCACACCUGCCACAGGGCUGUUACCGAAACCUGUUAGAUGUUUGACGGUAUGACCUCUGAGUCGAUCAAACGCUGCCCUGUGGAUGACCUGCACACAACUUGUCUGACCUGAAGAUUUCACACCAUCAAAUGGAGAAGAAUGUUGGACUCACGUGUUCAAGAGAGUGCACCUGACAAGAAGUAUGAUAACUGGAGUUUACUGGGAAGGAAAAAAAAAAAAAGGAAAAAUGAACACAAGCUGGUGUCCAACAAUUUGGAUUUUUCCCCAAAAAUUGGAAAAAUUUUAAGGUUGCAACAAAUAAUUCUGUUUUCAUUCAUUUGUCAUUUAAAAACAAUUAUCAAUUACUGUAUUUUCCAGACUAAAAGUAGCAAUCUAUAUUUUUUAACUAGUUGGUGAGUUCCUGCGACAUAUAUUCUGAAGCAAGUUAGAUGUCAAAAAAUAGGUUUGUAUAUCACGAUACACGGAAAUCACAGUUUGGUACGUUUUCAGUACAGCUGAAUCAAGAAACACAACAUUAUAAUUAGCCACUAUUGUUUAGGCUAUUUUGUGACAGAAUAGUUUUUCCAGAUUGUUCAUUUUUUUUCUUCGAAUUUUUGUGAAUAUAUGUUCUAAAAGUAAAUGCAUCUUAUAUUCCGGUGUGAUUUAUAGACUGGAAAAAAGGUAAUAAUGUGAUGUGUCAGGAAAGUAUUUAAAAUAUUGGAGUAUAAUUUAAUCUCAAAAUUAAAAAAGUGUUGGUUUCAAACUCCUUUUGUCAAACAGCCAGAAUGAUCCAGACAGACCUGAUCAGAAUUAUUGGUACGGCUCAAUUAUAAGUAUUACAAUUUCAGAUAUGUUCAGGAAUUAAUGCAAAUCAAACAAUUUUUGUAAUGAGAAUAUGGAACAAAUUAAGCAACAACAACAGCAAAAUAUUUUCAUAUUGCAAAAUUACUGAACAUUUUAAUGAAUGUUUCAGGAGGUCGUUGUAACUGUUGUUGUUGUUUACACUGCUGGCUCAAAAAAACAAAACAAAAAAAAAACAAUGAAUUUGAAGUUGACAAGUUUGGUUUUUGAGAAAUUAUUACAGUUUUUUUCAGAUUUAAGUGUGUUAUUCAGUUGAAGCCUUCUUCUAAUUAUAUAUAUAUAUACAAAAGUAAUUGUUGGACAUGAAUAUGAAUUUUCCGGUUUGUUCUUUGGCAUUGCGUGUCUUGGCGCUCUGGGAGUAAAGCAUUAAUGUGAUGAUGAUGAGGAGGAGGACAGAGGACAAGGACAAAAACUGUUUUGGACUCAGUCUGACGACCCACGUUUCUGGGCUACAGUACAGUAUAUAUAUUAGCAUGAUAUUUAUGAGUGACACUAUGAUUUUUUUUUUGUCUUCUAAGUGGUACUUUGACUCCUUUUACACUGCUGUUGCAUAUGUUGUUUGUGAUAAAUAAAUAUAUGCAAAUAUUUGAGAUAAGCGAGUCGCUUGUGCAGUGUGUCAAAUGUACAGAGCGGCUCUCUGGCGAUCGAUGCAUUUUCACUGUUUGCAAAACUCUUCAGUCUGACUUUGUACACUGAUGUAAUCACUUCUACACGUAGAGUUACGGUCGCUUGUAUCAUCGACCUUUGCUGCUGAACGAUGUCAUCUCUUAAUAACGGGCAAUGAUAAAGUCUUCCUUUACUGUCCUGUU